AUGGGAACUCCAUGGUUUUCGCUUCGUGGCGCACACGAACUAUGUGUCGAACGCAAUGGCAGCAGUCUUCAGUUCUGGCGAUGGAGUUCCAGUGAACACUGCCCCAAGAUGUGGGCCAAUCUUUGCUUCAUGACGUGGGAAGAAUUGGUGCUCGUGUACUGCUGCUUUUUGUCUUUCAAGACGCGCAAUAGUCUUACAGUACAGGUUGCAAAUGAAGAUCUCGCUCUUUGGGGUGAACGAAAACUGUUCCAAGCUCGAAUCCUGGACGACGGCUUCAUGCAUUCUCUUAUUGUAUAUGAGGACUAUGUGACAAAGGGUGUUCGUCUCCACGCUGCAGUCUGGGACGGCGACCUACGCCAAUGUCCUGUCUGGACAGCUUUCAGUAAGCCUGCUGCAAGUCCCGAGUUGUCUCAUUGGAUGUGGACUAACUAUUGUCCUCCAGUCACACAUCAGUCAGCCUCCCCUAAAUGGAUAAAGAGAGUCAGCAAGACCAGAGUCCGACUUGCUGACAUUCAACUCUACGUCUUCUGCCAGGAAUACCGGCAGCAAAACCAACGAAUCAACCGUGCAGGAGCUUUCGAGAUCCGAUUCGUGAGUGAAGAAGCGGCCAAGCGUUUCAAAGAGCUCUUCUCUCCUGCGCUCAUCGAUGACAGCACCGCCACAGAGUCGACACAGACUUAA